AGGGGGCUUGGUGAUGUGAGCAGAGUGUAUGGCUGUCAAAGUCAGUAGCAGUUCUGGCAGUGGCUUCUCUCAGCUUUGCGCCUCCUCUGAACUGUUUUGAUAGCUAAGCGAUGCUACCGUGUAAUGCUUGAGUUUUGUGAUGGGCUGAGGAAUGCUUGUUCUAGCUGGUGAAGCUGACUGUGACUGUGUCGUCUUAGGGGCAGCAUCAUGGGAUCUACUGAUACGGACAUCGAAGAACUGGAAAACGCCACUUACAAGUAUCUCAUUGGAGAACAGACUGAGAAGAUGUGGCAACGCCUGAAAGGAAUACUAAGAUGCUUGGUGAAGCAGCUGGAGAAAGGUGACGUCAACGUGGUCGACCUAAAGAAGAAUAUUGAAUAUGCAGCAUCAGUGUUGGAAGCAGUUUACAUCGAUGAGACAAGAAGACUUCUGGACACUGAAGAUGAGCUCAGUGACAUUCAGACUGACUCAGUCCCAUCGGAGGUCCGAGACUGGUUGGCUUCAACCUUUACACGGAAAAUGGGGAUGAUUAAAAAGAAAGCCGAGGAAAAGCCAAAGUUUCGAAGCAUCGUCCAUGCUGUUCAGGCUGGGAUUUUUGUGGAAAGGAUGUACAGGAAGAGCUAUCACAUGGUUGGUUUGGCAUAUCCUGCAGCUGUCAUAGUGACACUCAAGGAGGUUGAUAAAUGGUCUUUUGACGUAUUUGCCUUAAAUGAAGCAAGCGGGGAGCAUAGUCUGAAGUUUAUGAUUUAUGAAUUGUUUACCAGAUAUGAUCUUAUCAACCGCUUCAAGAUUCCUGUUUCUUGCCUAAUUGCCUUCGCAGAAGCUUUAGAAGUUGGUUACAGCAAGCACAAAAACCCAUAUCAUAAUUUGGUUCAUGCAGCAGAUGUCACUCAAACUGUGCAUUACAUAAUGCUUCAUACAGGUAUCAUGCACUGGCUCACUGAACUGGAAAUUUUAGCAAUGGUCUUUGCAGCUGCCAUUCAUGAUUAUGAGCACACAGGAACAACGAACAACUUCCAUAUUCAGACGAGGUCCGACGUGGCCAUCCUGUACAACGACCGCUCCGUGCUCGAGAACCACCACGUCAGUGCAGCCUAUCGGCUCAUGCAAGAGGAGGAAAUGAAUAUUUUGGUAAAUUUAUCUAAAGACGAUUGGAGGGAUCUUCGCAACUUAGUGAUCGAAAUGGUGUUAGCUACAGACAUGUCAGGCCAUUUCCAGCAAAUUAAAAACAUAAGAAGCAGUCUUCAGCAGCCUGAAGGGAUUGACAGAGCCAAAACUAUGUCCCUGAUACUCCAUGCAGCCGACAUCAGCCACCCAGCCAAAACCUGGAAGCUGCACUACAGGUGGACCAUGGCCCUUAUGGAGGAGUUCUUCCUGCAGGGAGACAAGGAAGCUGAAUUAGGACUCCCAUUCUCUCCACUAUGUGAUCGGAAGUCAACAAUGGUUGCGCAGUCUCAAAUAGGUUUCAUUGAUUUCAUAGUGGAGCCAACAUUUACUCUUCUGACAGACUCGACAGAGAAAAUUAUUAUUCCUCUUAUAGAGGAAGCCUCAAGAUCAGAAUCUUCUAACUAUGGGGCAAGCAGCUCAUCCACCAUGGUCGGGUUCCACGUUGCUGAUCCUCUGAGGCGGCCAAGUACGAAAGUCUUCAUGAGCGAUGGGAGCUAUACCCCAGACUACUCUCUUCAGGCCGUGGACCUGAAGAGUUUCAAAAACAACCUGGUGGACAUCAUUCAGCAGAACAAAGAGAGGUGGAAGGAGUUAGCUAACCAAGGUGAACUUGAUCUUCACAAGAACGCAGAAGACUUGGGGAAUACUGAAGAAAAGCAUGCUGACACACACCCAUAGAUCUGAACAAACUUUAAGAGUUCAGUUGUUUUAAACACAAGAGGAAAAUGAAAGUAGCAUGAAAAACAUGCAAAGUCCUUAAAAUUAUAUUUGGCUCAGGCCAUUUUAGUGGACUAAGAGCAUCCAUUUUAAUAUAAUAACUGAGCAAAGAAGUACCGUGGGUUGCCAUCAGCAUUCUG